CCAAGCAGGAAGCGAAUGGCGGAAACGUAAAUCCACCUCACGCUUUCAUUUUUAACAUUUUUUGAGCAUACGUGUUUUUUCCUGAAUGGAGAGUAGACAGCAGAAGCCUUCAGCUAACAUCGGUGGACGAUUUUGAAGAGACGAUGUUGUCGCGUCUUAUUACCUGGCGGCUUCGGUAGCGUGAAAGGACGGAUAGGCAGCCAAUGAUCCAUCUGAGAGUGUCCUGUCACUGACAGCCUGCCAGAGUAAACACCGACGCAUGGCCCCGCACCUCAGCUAGCCGAGGGAGACGACAUAACGACACAACGCUGGCAUCAUGUUCCUCAAGACAUCGUUCACCACCCUUGUCGUGGGGGUGUUCGUGGUGUACGUGCUCCACACCUGCUGGGUGAUGUACGGGAUAGUGUACACUAAACCCUGCGACAACCCCAAAGGUCACAACUGUAUCACGCCCUUCCUGGCAGGGAACCCGAAACUGCAGCUGAGUAUCUACACUGCACUGCAGGCCAAUGCAAAGGGAGGACAUACCCUCAUCCACAAAGAAGACAAAUUUGAUGUCAACAGCAAGUUUGAGAGGAUAAUAAAUGUCUCGCUCCCUGCGAAGACCCGUAACAACGGAACUUUAUACGCACUAAUAUUUGUCCACCAAGCUGGCGUCACCCCGUGGCAGGAUCCACGACAGGUCCACUUGGUGGCUCAGCUCACCACCUACAUGGUCCCUAAACCGCCUGAAAUCUCUCUGAUAUCCGGAGAGGAUCAAACACAGGCUCAGGGAGAAGAAGCCCAGCAGAAGAAACGGCGUGACGGUAACCCUGCGGCAGGGGCUGGAGCUGGGGGUGGUCCCACGUCCAUGUCAGAUCACCCAGCCUCCCACUGGCGCUCCCGCCUGACCCUCAACAUCGUUGGUGACCACUUCCUGUUCGACAAAGAAUACCUGCCCAGCGAUGUCUACAGAUACCUCAGAGUAUUCCAAAACGGUAACAAGAUGGUUUAUCUACCUCUGCUGUUUGUUGAUGAGCUCAGCAACCGGGUCAAGGACCUCGUGGAGAUCAACAGUACCUCCAUGGAGCUCCCUCUGACCAUCUCCUAUGACUCUAUCUCUCUGGGGAGGCUGCGAUUCUGGAUCCACAUGCAAGAUGCUGUUUACUCUCUGCAGCAGUUUGGUUUCACAGAAAAGGAUGCUGAUGAGAUUAAAGGAAUCUUUGUGGAUACCAACCUGUACUUCCUGGCUCUGACCUUCUUUGUGGCUGCCUUCCAUCUCCUCUUUGACUUCCUGGCGUUCAAGAACGACAUCAGCUUCUGGAAGCAGAAGAAAAGCAUGGUGGGAAUGUCCAGCAAAGCAGUGCUGUGGCGAUGUUUCAGCACCAUAGUGAUUUUCCUCUAUUUGUUUGAUGAGCAGACCAGCCUGCUUGUCCUCAUACCUGCGGGCAUCGGCUCUAUCAUUGAAGUAUGGAAAGUUAAGAAGGCCUUUAAGAUUCAGGUUUUCUGGAAAGGAGGCAAACCAACAUUCCUGUUUGGGAAAUUAGAUGAAUCAGAGCGGAGAACAGAAGAGUACGACACACUGGCCAUGAAGUAUCUCUCAUACCUUCUUUACCCGCUGUGUAUCGGAGGGGCUGUGUACGCUCUAAUAUUCCUACGAUAUAAGAGUUGGUACUCGUGGUUGAUCAACAGUUUGGUUAAUGGUGUGUAUGCCUUCGGCUUCCUCUUCAUGCUUCCUCAGCUGUUUGUCAACUAUAAGCUGAAAUCUGUGGCCCACCUGCCCUGGAAAGCCUUUAUGUACAAGGCAUUCAAUACCUUCAUCGACGACGUGUUUGCCUUCAUCAUCACCAUGCCAACGUCCCACAGACUGGCCUGUUUCCGAGACGAUGUGGUGUUCCUCAUUUACCUCUACCAGAGAUGGCUCUACCCAGUGGACAAAACCAGAGUGAAUGAAUAUGGAGUUUCUUACGAUGAAAAACCCAAAGGAAAGACUCACAAGGACUAGAGAGGAGAGGGGUUAUUGGCUUCCAGGAUGUGAUAUCUGCAGGUUUUGUCUUCAGUCCACUGGUACCCACUGAUUUCAUUUGGUAUCAGCUGAGCUGGUUCUACAAUCCAGAGGCACCUGGAAAACCAUUUUUCACUUUCUGGCCAGUAAGUGGACCAGGUGCAUCAACAUACUCAUGGUUUUGCACUUUUUCCAUCCCGUCCAAAUGUGCAAAGCUUUGGAAGCUCAACAUCUACUUAUCUAUCUUUAGCCGUCUGGGGGGGUAUUUUUUGUUUUACAGUGUGCGACGGGACAGGGAGUUCAGAAUGAUAAAUCUCUGACCCAUUUCAAGCUGACGCAAGAGCCUGGAAAAAACGUGCUGCUGAUUGGUGUGAAUGGCAGGCAGCCUGCUCACAGGUAUGAGCGGGCCUGCCGCAGGUCAGACGCUGCUCAGCUUUGGUAUGAAAGUGUACACUUGUACACAGAUAAUGGCGGCAACUCCGAGCUUCUCAGCCAUAAAUUCUACUCUUCCUUUUUUUCAAACAUCAUGUCAACACACACACUCACACUCACACUCACGUUGCCCCUUGAGAACCACUGUAAAUAUUUUACUUUCAGAAUUUUAAUUGCGGUGUCAAAAAAGGAUUAUCAUUUUAAACAUUUUGAUGUUUCAGGAUUCCAAUUCACUGAAAGAGUACGUUUUUCUUUCCAUAUAAUUAUUCCAUAAGCGCCAAGCCUGACCGGACUUUCCCAGUGGUAGUCAUAGUUUGGAUGUUGACGUCAAUGGUAUUUCCAAGCUGGAAACUGGUAAUCACUGUUACUCUGAUAUACAGCAACAUGAAAGCCACAUUAGGCAAAGGUGGCCAGUACUGAGACACGUGGACCAGUGCACUGUUACCUCAGAUAAAUGCAGAAUGUGAGUGCUUUUCUAGAAAUUAUGCUAAUAAUGUUUAAAUAUUACUCACUGAAAAUACUGUUAACAAUCUGCCUAUUAGAAAGCAUUAAUGUGAAGACGUUUCAAUUUUUUCACCCCAAAUUCUCAUGUGGACAGAGAUAGCAUGAGUUAACCCCUGGCCAACUUCCAGAAUGACAGACCCUGUUUCAAAGUAUGAACAUACACAGUAUAUCCUUAAAAUGACUGUGGCAGGACUCAAAGUAACAGGGACUCACAAAGAAAUUUAAAAAACACCUGAUUUUUGCUAAUUUAUCUUCCACCUAUGCACAGAAAAUGGCUGUCAUAGAAGCAGAAUAGAAGAUUCUGAAUUGUUGCCAUGGUGACAGGGAUGCAUUGUCUGAAUGUUCCAGAAUCUUUGGCUGCGUAGAAGCAGAUAGGCUCAUUUAAUUUGUUGCCAUGGAGAUUGGGAUAAAUUGCCUGGACACUUUAGAAUCUUAAGUUUGAAAGUUCCAGAAUCCUUUGAGUCUUCUUCUCCGUCCACUUGUUAAAUACACUGUAACAGGAGGGUGCCACUGAAAGCCAUAUUGUCCUUUCCAGUCGCUCUAGUUUAGAAGUUUAACUGCUCAAGUAUUUUUUUACAUAUCAGGGCCAAGAAAAUAUAUUAGUGCCAAAUGGAAGAAUGUUUGUUUAAACUGCUUGUGAGCUUUAUAUGUUCACCAUGAAUGCUCCAUCUGAUGUUUUUAACUAGACACUAACAUUGUGGGGGAAACAGUAAAUGGCAAGACUUGAGGAAAGUAUUACUACAUCUGGAUUUCAGUCACUUUUUUUUCCAUGGUUCUUUAUUUUUUUUUUUUUAAUUGAAAGACUACUUGGAAUCAACUAAUACAUUUUCAGUUACGACGGUCUAUUAGGUCUGUGUACAAAGAUUGAAUGCAGGUUGCUGUUUCUGUGCAAAUGCAGCCAGGUGAGAUUGACCAGAAAUUUGCCUUGAAAUGGUUUUACUAAUUGUAAUGUUUGUGUGUUUUUAAUUGAAAUUAAAUAAAAUCGACUGACUG